AUGGCCUCUGAUCCAAUCUAUAUACCACGAUACACUGUUUCUUUGGAAUUUGAAAGAGAAUUGGCUUUACAAAGAUUAAAAAAAUUGGCUGAUCAAAAAUUCAUUUCUGUUCUUGACUUUGAAAAAAAUCCAUUGAAUAUCUUUGCGGCACAUGAAAUUGCAGGAAUGGUUGAUGGAUCAAUGGGCACAAAGAUGACAGUUCAAUGGAAUUUAUUUGGUGGAAGCGUUAUAAAAUUAGGAACAGAACGGCAUAGACAUUUGCUACCAGGAAUUGAUAAUUUAAACGAUAUAGGAUGUUUUGGAUUGACAGAAUUGGGAUUCGGAAACAAUGCGGUCGAGAUGCAAACCACGGCGAUUUUUGAUGAAAGUAGCCGUGAAUUUAUCAUCAAUACUCCGUCCACUUUGGCACAAAAAUAUUGGAUUACAAAUUCUGCUGUUCAUGCUAAAUGGGUAAUUGUAUUUGCACAAACUUUUAUUCGUGGUCAAAAUGAAGGUAUUCAUGCAAUACUUGUAAGACUUCGAGUUGUUAUUGAAGACAUGGGUGUUAAAUUUGAAUGCAAUGGUGUUGAUAAUGGUAAAUUGUGGUUUAAAAAUGUAAGAGUACCAGUAGAUAAUUUAUUGAAUAGAUUUUCAAAUAUCGAUGAAAAUAAUAAAUUUACAAGUUUAAUUCCUAAUAGAAGAGGACGGUUUUUAAAAGUAGCAGAUCAAUUACUUUCUGGUAGAUUAGCGAUUGCUUCAUUACAUACAGGUGGAUCUAAAGUUUGUCUGGCGAUUGCAUUUCGUUAUGCUAAUUCAAGAUUAGCAGUUGGUCCAACUGGUAAAAGCGACACACCGAUUUUGAAAUAUCAAUUACAACAAAAUGCAUUAAUCCCACUGCUAGCACACACAAUAGUCUUGAACAUUUUUCUAAAUUAUUGUAAACAAAGAUGGUCAAUAUUUUCUACAUCACCGUUAAGUUACCGAUUGAGCAACAAUAAUGAAUCAUCGGAAAUUGUAAGAUUAUGUUGUGUGGUAAAGGGUAGCAUUACUCAGCUUUCUAAUGAUGUGGCAUUACGUGAACAACAACUUGGAGCAGUUGAUGUAGCAUUUGGCGCAUUUACAGCUGAUCCUAAAAGCUUGAAAUCUGUGAGCACGUCUUCAACAUCAGAUCCAGGAACACUUAAUCGUGUUGGAUGGAUAAAAUUCUAUUCAGUUUUCUUUAAUCUGGAAAAGAAAUCCACUGAUAUUGUUACUCAGAUUAGUGACAACUACAAUUGUUACAAAAAAAUGGCAGUCGAUCAUCCACUAAAAGAAAAACCAUUAGUUGCUUGGAUUUCUUACGUUGCUCCAGAUGAAUUCAACAAUAAUACUGCAACUUGGAAUAUUGCUGAUGCAAUUUACAAGAAACAAUUCACCGAAGAUGCUGGAGGUGUCUAUUUUAAUGCAACAACUCUUGUUUAUAAUGACGCAAAAAGCUUUCUUCAAGCAAUUGCAAAUGUUGAUAUUGUGAUUGAUGAGACAUUUAUUGGAGCGACAAUUGCAGAUUUUUACAAGAAUUACAAUCUGAGCGCUGAUCAGACCACUUACAAGUUUAUCAAGAAUAAAGCUAUUUAUCGUGAAGAUGGUAUCACUAAUCCAAUUGAUGGCCGUGAUUGGUUUGAGAGUGCAAUUGUUAUGGGUGAUGCAGUUUUGGAGGAUAUGAUAAAUGUGGUGAAUCCAUCAUUGCCAAGUACUUCCUAUAAAAGAAAUUGGUUUAGAAAUAUUGCAAAUGAUGAAACAAUCAAAAUUUCUUCAUCCGCUAAUUGUACUGAUGUUCAGUCUAAUAGCAUUGUUGUGAGUAUUAUUUUAUGGAAAUUAAAUUAUAUAGUUGAAUAA